GCUGUUGCACAUGCUCCAAAAUUGUCUUAAAUCGGUUGCGUUUCUGUUUACACUUGAAAUCUAAAAGGAAAACGACGAAAUCUGUCAACUAACACCAAAAGCUGCAGCGCUUACAAAUCCCUUGAUAUGGUCAACACAGACGAGGGCCCGGAUGAGGCUACGAAGGCAGUCUCUUCCAGCAAACUGAAAGGCUACGACUUCUAUCGCUCCACGCUGGGAUCACCGCGCUAUGUGGUGGCACCCAUGGUGGACCAGAGCGAGCUGGCCUGGCGGAUGCUGUGCCGCCGAUACGGAGCCCAGCUCUGCUACUCGCCCAUGUUCCAUGCCAACCUGUUCGCCACGGAUCCCAAGUACCGGAAGGAUGCGCUGCAGACAUGUGCCGCCGACAGACCCCUGAUCAUACAGUUCUGCGGCAACGAUGCCGAGCAGAUUCUGGAGGCUGCGCUGGCGGCACAGGAUCACUGCGAUGCUGUGGACAUUAAUCUGGGCUGCCCACAGGCCAUUGCCAAGAGGGGUCACUACGGAUCGUUUCUGCAGGAAGAAUGGGAACUGCUGACGGAGAUUGUGAGCACCUUGAACGCCAAGCUCUCCAUACCCGUGACCUGCAAGAUCCGCAUCUUUGAGGACCGCGACAAGACCAUUCGCUAUGCCAAGAUGCUGGAGGCGGCCGGCUGUCAGCUCCUCACGGUCCAUGGGCGGACGCGGGAGCAAAAGGGACCACUGACUGGUGUGGCAGAUUGGAGUUACAUUAAGGAUGUGCGGCAGCACAUUAAGAUCCCCAUGUUUGCCAACGGCAAUAUCCUGAGCCUGGAGGACGUGCACCGCUGCCUGGAGGCCACGGGCGUCGACGGCGUUAUGAGCGCCGAGGGGAAUCUGCACAAUCCGGCCAUUUUCCAAGGCAUCGCACCGCCAGUCUGGCAGAUGGCGAAGGAGUACUUGGAGCUGGUGGAGCUCUAUCCCUGCCCCAGCUCCUACAUACGGGGACAUCUCUUCAAGCUCUUCCACCACCUCAUGAACAUCAGCCAGAACUCGGAGCUCCGAGAGACCCUGGCCACAGCCAAUCAGCUGAAGCAAUUCCAAACUGUCGUGGACAAGGUGCAGGCCAAGUACGAGCCCUACCAAAGAGGCGAUAUGACCUACGAGCCCGAGGAUAUGGAAGUCAACCUCAGCGCGGAAACCGGUGAAGAUCAGCGCCUACGCCUGGAGCCCUGGCUGUGCCAGCCGUACAUUCGUGCCUCACCCGAAUCCCAUCGCCAAAAGAUUGCCGAAAAGGAGCGCGCCGCCGAGGACCCCAACCGGGCCAAGCGGCAGUACUUUGACAAGGAAGGCAACGAGAUCUCCCGCAAACGGAUGAAGAAGCUGCGGCGACGCCAGCGCAGACCCAACAAAACGGAGGCCCAGAUCCAGCUGCGCCACGAGCGACGCCUGGAAUACUGCACGGAGUGCGCCAAUCCCCAGGGAUCCAAGUGCGAGUUUCGGCUGUGCCGCGUCUGCUGCAAGGACCGCUGCUACAGCACCGACUGCGACUGUCCCGGCCACGGGAUCCUGAUCAAGUCCCGGCGAGCCAAGGCCAAGCAGUUCGAGGAGCAUUCAGCGCAGCCAGCAUCACCCACAGUCGAGGCUAAGGACCCCCUGUGACCCUAGCUUUAUCCAAUGACGCCUCUUGUUUAUGUUCGAAUUAAAUGAAGCAGAAGAUUAAACAUA